AUGCCAUUCUAUAGAGCUCUGUAUUCGAAUGUUCCUAAAAUUACUCUUGGUGAAAAAUUACUUUUAUGGAUUAAGGAAAAAAAGAAUGGAAAGAAGAAAUCGAAUCAAGAGAUGAUUACUUUCAAAGAGACAAUCUCUGUAAAACUGAGAAAGCACUUACACACCAUCAAGCAAACUUUAUUUAAUUCUAAACUUGACAUGAGUUAUACUCCUCAAAACAAUUCGAAUCAAGAACAGGUGAAUAAUGAAGAGACAUGUGACAACAAUUUAGUUAAUCAAGAACAUGUUUAUAGAUUGAAUGCCAUAUUUCUACUCAUUGGUUAUUUAAUAUUACUUGCUAUAUUUGAAGGAUUGUGUGGAAUUGUCAUGGCAUUCAAAAUAAUUUCCAUUUCAAGAGGUUAUUUUAUUUGCAUUACAAUUGCUUACUUGAUCACUUCAUUUGCAUUCAUUACAAUUUUAUGUAUGAUUAAGAAGGAAAAGAAAUGGUUGGGAUUUAUUAUUCAAAUCAUUAUCAUGUUUGUCUCGUUUUGUGUUAUUGUUGGAUCAUUCACCUAUGUUUGGAUUGUAUUCAAUUUUCAACCUUAUUCAUACUAA